AUGGGGGAACCGGCUUGGCAGGAAACACUACGCCUGCGGCUGGCUGAGCGCAAUGUUCGCGAAUCAUCCUACGCGCCGAUAAUCGAGCAAUAUCGAAGAUUAGCACAGCAGACGAAGCUCCUGAAGGAGCGGAACGCGUCUCUGCUACGUGCUGUCAACUCGGUCAAGCAGAAUCCGAGCAGCUCAACAGUCUACGUCCCUGGCACCAGCGAUGGAAACCCAGUACAAGCUGCCUAUGUUGCCUCUCUCGAAUCCCAGAUCUCCUCCCUUCGUGAUGAGCUAGCAACCGUCUACAAGACUCAGGGCCAGAAUGCCCAGCGCUUGCUCGCGAUGAAUGAGACCCUGCGCGAGAAGGAGGAGUUAUCACGCAUCGAUAGCGAGCACCUACGCAAGACGCGAGACGAGAUCGCCGUCCUACGGCGGAAGGUGGAUCAGCACAACGAGCUCAUGGCGGAGAAGGAUAGGACAGUGCAGAUCCUCCACGACGAGAUUAGCACCCUCCAGCUCGAGCUUGGCCAGAUCGAGGAGCGCAACCAGAUCCUCACGAAGGACAAUGCCAAGCUUCUCCAACGCUGGCUCGACGCGAAGCAGGCCGAGGCGAACAAGCUCAACGAGGCGAACGAGUUCUACGAGGACAUGAAGUCGCGCCGCGCCAACAUCCACGCAUGGCAGAACGGGGCGGAAAGCGGCAGUCAGGCAUCCUCGGUUUCGGGAAAAGAGGACGCCCCCGAUGCGCCGGGCCUGGGACAGACGACGGGUGGGAACGCAUCGGGGACGACGAGCGAGCCGGAUCAGACGCCGAAUGGUUAA